AUGAGACGUGCUCUUUUGGAAGAAACCUGGUUAGUCAACAACGAAGAUUCUGAAGAAUUCUGGCAGUACUUUCGCGGGAUUAUUGAGAGUCUAAUUGACUCCCAUUGUCCCAUAAAAAUAACAAGACCAUGUGGGCGACCGCCGUGGGUCAAUUCGACGACGAAAAAGGCCAUGAAGAAGAAACAGAGGCUGUGGAAAAAGUAUAUGCAACUUCGAGAUCCAGUAUCACUCGCCGAAUAUAAGGAUCAGCGCAAUAAAUGCCGCAAGCAAAUACGGAUUGCCAGAACUUCUUUCGAGCGCCGACUGGUAGCAGAAUCCAUUACAUGUCCCAAGAAGUUUUACAAGUACAUCCGUAGUAGGAGAAAACAUAGGGACGAAAUUGCGUGUCUUAAGGAUAGCCUCGGAAACUUGCUAGUCGAAGGGCCCCAGAAAGUGCAGUUACUGUCUGAGUUGUUUCAAUCGGUUUUUACGGAGGAGUCCUCAGAAGACGAUCAGCAGUUUGAAAUGGACAGAAACAGCCGGGAUUUUCAAAUGCGCCAAGAUACUGCCGUCAUUGAAACCGUUGCCUUUUCCGUCGGAGAAGUAAGACGCGUCCCCAGUCAAAUAAAACUAGACAAGUCUCCUGGACCCGACGGAAUUCCUGGUCUGAUACUUAAGGAGCUAUCAAAGGAGCUGGCGAAGCCUCUUUCGACGCUCUUUGAGCUGUCAAUGAGAACAGGAAGGCUGCCAUCAAAGUGGAAGACAGCUAACCUCGUUCCCUUACAUAAAGGCGGUAGCAGGAUGGCAGCAAGCUGUUUCAGGCCUAUUAGCCUAACCUGCCUCUCGUGCAAAACGAUGGAAGCUCUAGUAAAGAGUGUCAUACAGCAAUUUUGUGAAGAAAAUAACCUCUUGCAGGAUUUCCAGCAUGGCUUCCGGAGAGGACGUUCUUGCCUCUCAAAUCUGCUAGCUUGUCUGGAGAUCUGGACCAGGGCCCUAGAAGAGGGUUUUGAAGUUGAUGUCGUGUGCAUCGAUUUUCGCAAAGCCUUCGAUACUGUCCCGCACCAACGCCUUCUUCACAAAUUGAGCGCCAUCGGCAUCCGGGGAGAUCUUCUGAACAUGAUAGGGGCAUUUCUGGUUGGUCGGAAACAACGUGUUUGCAUCGGUGAUGAUAUGUCAGAAUGGGUGACCGUGACCAGUGGUGUGCCUCAAGGCUCAGUUCUGGGACCAUUGCUAUUCCUCCUUUAUGUUAAUGACAGCCUUCAGGAACUCGACUGUGGCAAAAUAAUGUUUGCUGACGACGUUAAGCUCUGGCAAGUCAUUAAGAGUCCUAACGACCAGAGAUCCCUCCAAAACAAUCUUCAUCGACUGCAAGCGUGGUCGGAGAAAUGGCUUCUAGACUUCAAUGUGCAGAAGUGUGCCGUCCUCCAUCUGCGUCCAACUAACUCUCAUUCAAAUCAGAGCCUGAGGACAUAUCAUCUGAAAGAUAUAAGACUCCCCGCAGAAUCUUCACAGAAGGAUCUCGGGGUUUGGAUACAGAACAAUUUGAAACCAACAUUGCAGUGCCACAAGGCUGCAAAAAACGCAAUGGGAGUGCUGCAUGCAAUCAAAAGGGCGUUCGUUACCUUUGACCAAGACCUUUUUGGGAGAGUUUACGGCACCUUCGUUCGGCCCCACUUAGAAUAUGGCAUACAAGCAUGGCGGCCAUGGCUUGUAAAGGACAAAGCAUGCCUCGAACGGGUGCAACGUAGGGCAACAAAGAUGGUAAACGGUCUAAAAAACCAAUCCUACACGGACAGACUGAAUUGCCUUAACCUAUUCCCUCUGUGUUACAGGCAGCAAAGAGGUGAUCUUAUCCUGGUUUACAAGAUAAUAAAUGGCCUUGAGCAUGGGCUUAACUUUGAGGACAUGUUUCAGUGGCACCUUUCACCCAAUCUUCGUGGCCACUCGAUGAAGCUACGGACAACAAUGUCCAGGCUGAACCUUCGGUCUGAAUUUUUCACGCAAAGAGUAGUAGAGAAAUGGAACGAUCUCCCUCAGUCAGUCGUGGAGGCGACAUCGCUGCAACCCUUCCAGAAACGCUUGGAUGAUUAUUUGUGUCCCCUGUUUUCCCUCGACAGUCUGAAUCUGAGCUAA